AUGGCCUUCCAUCAGCCAACUCGGCAGCUCCCACAGCGAAUAUCCACCCGUGCCGAGUCUGAGGAUGGAGAGUCUGCGAUCCUCGCGCCCCAGGCUCACUCAGAGCUGCACGAAUCACAGACAUGGGUUCUGUUUACGCCUGGCACAGACGCGGGGACCGCAACCUCGUACAUGAGCUCGGUCCAGGACGACCAGCUCACACCUGGACGAUCAAGAAUCAGCGAUUUGGGAAGCCUGGGCACCGCGGCCCGUUCUGAUUUCAACUCGCAACCGGACAAUUCUGCCGUCCAUUCUGAUGUCAUCGACGAAGGUGCUGCCGAGGACGACACAGAGCUCGACAGCCUUGACAGUCACCUGCCCGAAUUUCGAACAGUGCCAAAUCAGUGUCGCCAGCAAGAAGUCGCUCAUGCAGCAACAGUGCUUCCGGGACACGACGGCCUGGGUUCCUUUAAACUAGACGCCCACACUAUCGAUACCAAGGCCCAAGACCGCCUUUACGCGUUUGAGCGAUUCAACCCCAAUCGCAUCAAGCGAAGGCGCGAGAGUUUCGAUUUGGCUCGUUUGGAGCUCGAGAACGAGGAGGCGCAGGAAGCGCAGGAAUUGAAGCGCAAUCAGAGGAUAGAAGCAUGGCGGUUAGAACAAAGUCAGCUUCUGCUCGAGGACAUUCAGAAGGAAACAAGAAGACGGCGACAAUCGGAGGUUUCGCUCCACGACAAAUCCGUCCCGGCCCGAGACUCGGUGGACCGUUUCGUACCAAGGACCGCCGUGGACGAGACUCUCGGCGAUUCUCAGCUCGCGGGGACCGACUGGCACGACCAAGAUGGCCCACAGCCCCGUGUCGCGAGCGAUGGCCUCUGGAGUCUCAUCACCCGGAAAGUCAUUUGCGACUUGAUGGGAAUCGAUGGCAAGCUUCUUGCUGUUCUCUUCGGGGAAGCUCUUCCAGAUGAUACAAGUUUUUCUUCUAUGCCUAAGGCAUCAACCGCCGACUCAUCCACCCCCGCAUUUGCGCACAUAGAGUCGGAGUCAUCGCAUGACUCGACAUGGCAGCUGCAUAUGCUUGAGCGGAUAGCUCAUGAGCUUGGCAUUCUCAUUCACCAGAUGUCGGCCCACCCCGGCGCCUUUACGACGUACUCUCGGAUGCAGCAGGUGCCUCUGCCGUAUGCCGGCCUACCGGUCAUACCAGAAGCGCCUGUGUAUGUUCAAGAACCGGCGCGGAAGCUGGACGACAGUGACCCCUCAAUACCGCAGUUCAAGCCUACAGUCAGCAACUCGGCUGACGUCCUUGGCGCGCGGCCGUCGGAGGCCCCCACGACGGCCACGACUGACAUGACUCCGAGCGAGGCAUCACAGACCUUUACUCAGCAGGAGUGGGAGCAGGACCUCGAUAUUCGGCUCGUCUUCCGCUAUCUGCGCUCGCGCUUCACAUCAAGCCGCCCAUCGUCGCCCCCAUUCACAUCAGGGACUUCUCAUCUGGCGACAUCGAGUACUCAGGAACUUGCUGCCAAGGCGGCCAGGGUGCGUCAGCACCAUCCGCUAGUGUCACACUUACACACACAUCACCGGCCACGCCCAUCCGAGCGGCGUACGUUCAAAGCAACUGUCCCCUCAAGCCCGGUGGCUCUGCGGCAUCCUUCUGGUAGCUGUGCGAGCCAGAGCACACGCAGAUCCGCUAGGCGAAGCAGUGUAUCGGUAUCAUCACGGCACUCGUCGCGGCAUUACUGGGACAUAGGAGGGUCGAUAGGGACCGGUAGCAUAGUCGCCAGCACCGGCCCUAUGGGCAGUUGGGGCGAAGUCUAG